UGCCGCUCGUUCGGUUAUUAUGGCUGCGCUUUAGAAUGCGUGUCUCAUCGGGGAAACUUCGUGUCGUUCUUUAACGGAGUCUAGUUUAUUUAUUUCCACCAUGUCAGCGGGUAUCAUGCUUAUAAACCUACAUCGACUUUUGCACCGUUCUUUCGGUGCCAGACGGCCGUUUUUAGCAAGUUUAUACCACACUCAGCGGGGAGUCUAUGGUUUCAGACCGAGAGAGAUUCCGGAGAAAGACAGUGGGCUUCCGCAGAUCUCUGCGCUUAACCAAGAUCACGGGCUGGCGAGACUGGUGGAGGCCUAUCGAGCACAUGGACACAAAGUAGCUAAAAUUAACCCGUUACUCCCCGAAACCCCUCUGUUGGACAGCGUGCCGGAGAUUAGCCUGCUGAAUGGAGCUGUUAACGGAGUCCUUAACACCACUGGAUUGCGGCAUUUUGGGAAAGCCGAGGCAACCUCCGAAGAAGUGGUUACCUAUCUGGAGAACACGUACUGUGGGAGAAUCUCAGUGGAAACCACGCAGCUCCAGAGCUUGCAAGAAAGAGAAUGGUUUGCAGACCGGUUUGAGGAGCUCAAAAAAGAGGCGUUUUCACCAGAGGAGAGGAGACAGCUGGCAAAACUGAUGCUUGAGUCACAGGAAUUUGACCACUUUUUAGCCACCAAGUUUGCCACAGUCAAACGAUAUGGAGGUGAGGGAGCAGAGAGCAUGAUGGGAUUUUUUUACGAACUUUUUCGCUCUGCAGCGUACAGUGGAGUGACAGAUGUGGUCAUGGGAAUGCCUCAUCGCGGACGCCUCAACCUGCUGACCGGACUGCUGCAGUUCCCUCCAGAGCUCAUGUUCCGUAAGAUGAGGGGUCUCAGCGAGUUUCCGGAGAACUCUCCCUCUAUUGGAGACGUACUGUCCCAUUUGACCUCUACGGUGGAGCUGGACUUUGGGGCGGGACACCCUCUUCAUGUCACAAUGCUGCCUAACCCCUCCCACCUGGAGGCCAUCAACCCCGUGACGCAAGGAAAGACCCGUGGCCGUCAGCAAGUCAAACAGGAUGGCGAUUACUCCACUGACCCUCAUGCACGACCAGGAGACAAAGUCAUCUGCCUGCAGGUUCACGGCGAUGCUUCGUUUUCAGGCCAAGGCAUAGUACCAGAGACCUUCACCCUGUCAAAUCUCCCCCACUAUAGAGUAGGUGGAAGCAUCCACCUCAUCGUGAACAAUCAAGUGGGCUACACCACUCCCUCAGAGAGAGGCCGAUCAUCUCUUUACUGUAGUGAUGUUGGUAAAAUGGUGGGAUGUGCAAUAAUCCAUGUGAAUGGCGAUGAUGCUGAGGAGGUCCUCAGGGCGACCCGGCUGGCCAUUGAAUACCAGCGCCGCUUUAGAAAAGAUGUUAUUGUAGACCUGCUUUGUUACCGCCAGUGGGGGCACAAUGAGCUGGACGAGCCCUUUUUCACAAACCCCGCAAUGUAUAAAAUUAUUAGGUCUAGAAAAAGUAUCCCAGAUUCAUAUGCAGACCAGCUCAUCGCUGAGGGUCUGAUGACGGAGGAAGAGCGUGGUCAGAUCAAGACCACCUACUACGCUAUGCUCAACGACCGGCUGAACAACAUGACCCUCUACAGCCCUCCACCCACCAACCUCCAGGGGCGCUGGGGAGACCUGGUGGAGCCCCAGAACAGAGUCUCAUUCUGGGACACAGGUGUAGCGCUGCCCCUGCUGCAGUUCGUAGGCGCCAAAUCAGUAGACAUACCCGAGGAGAUUCAAUUGCACAGUCACCUGAGAAAGACUCACGUGCAGGCACGCCUGCAGAAACUGGAAGAGGGCACAAAAUUGGACUGGUCCACAGCGGAAGCUUUGGCGUUUGGCUCAUUGCUGUGCCAGGGAUUUAAUAUCCGUAUCAGUGGUCAGGAUGUUGGUCGGGGUACGUUCAGUCAGCGCCACGCUAUGGUUGUGUGUCAGGAAACCAACGACAUGUACAUCCCCCUCAAUCACAUCAGCCCUGAACAAAAAGGCCACUUGGAGGUGUGCAACAGUGCUCUUUCUGAGGAAGCUGUUCUGGGAUUUGAGUAUGGAAUGAGUAUUGCUCAGCCUAGACUGCUGCCCAUCUGGGAGGCUCAGUUUGGAGAUUUCUUUAACGGCGCACAGAUAAUAUUUGACACUUUCCUCUCUGGAGGUGAGGCGAAAUGGCUCCUGCAAAGUGGAUUGGUCAUCUUAUUGCCACACGGAUACGAUGGAGCCGGACCAGAGCAUUCAUCAUGCCGAAUUGAGCGUUUCUUACAGCUCUGUGACAGUAAAGAGGAAGGUGUAGACGGUGACACGGUAAACAUGGCAGUGGUGAAUCCUACCCUACCAGCUCAGUACUUUCACCUUUUGCGGAGACAGAUGAUUAGAAACUUCAGGAAACCACUGAUCGUGGCCUCUCCUAAGACUCUGCUGCGCUUUUCUGGGGCAGUGUCAAGCUUGGCUGAUAUGGCACCAGGAACUUCCUUUAAACCUGUCAUUGGUGAUACUUCUGUAAACCCUGCAAGUGUGCAGCGGAUUCUGUUUUGCUCAGGUAAACAUUAUUACGCCCUGCUGAAACAUAGAGAGACGUUACCAGAGGCAGAAAAAAACACAGCGCUGAUCAGGGUGGAAGAACUGUGUCCUUUCCCUACAGAAGCCCUACAACAGGAACUAAAUAAAUACACAAACGCCAAAGAGUUUAUCUGGAGUCAAGAGGAGCCACAGAACAUGGGCUGCUGGUCAUUUGUAUCACCACGAUUUGAAAAACAGUUAGCCUGCAAGUUAAGAUUAGUCAGCAGACCUGCAUUACCCGCUCCUGCCGUGGGCAUCGGUACCCUCCACCAUCAGCAGCAUGAAGGCCUCCUGGCCGCAUCUUUCUCCUGAGACCUGAGAACUAUGAACUUCAAGAAAUGAUCGUCUUAUUGUAGCAUACAUGCUAUGACUGGUACACUGACAACAAACACCAAGCUCUUUUAUAGCCUGACUGCUAUAACAGAGGCAUAUUACAAGUUUGACUGUUUAACGCGUCCCCUUAAGUAUAAGGGAACUGCUGACUGAGCAUUUCUUACUGAUCAGAAUUGGUUUAUCAAUACCUUUUGAAAGUAUCAUAAUUGAUAUUUCAGAAGAGGGAUUUAUUGUAUAAAAGAAAUGUAGAAAACAAAACAAAGCAUAAUUUUUCAAAGCACUUUUAAAGUGAUAUACUUGCAGGAGGCGGAAGACUGGAGGCAAAGAAUAGAAUAUAAAUAAAUUAACAUUGUAGUGUUAAGAUGACUGUUGUGAUGUGAACUGAUAGUGUUAUGAUCAAAACACUGAUGCAUUAAAUGUUGUGUGCAUGUUAAUCAAGGGCUGUUCGACGAUUUCCAAAUGAAUGUAGAGUCAGUGAGAAAUAAGAAUCUGUCACUGUUUGUUUACAAAGGUAUAGUAUUAAUUGAAAACUAGCUGAAAACUAUUUGGAUGCAAAGUUACUGAUUGAUACCUGGCUGACAUUACACAAAUGUUUUUCUAACAUACCCUUGACAAACCCAUCCACCUUAUAUAAAACAUCCAGUUUGUAAUUAUAGGUAUUAUUUUCAGCAAUGUUGUGUGAAUGAAAAUGAAUUUGUACUUGAAUACUUAUUCUGGAGAUUUAAAACAAUAAUAAUAAAAAAGUUGAUCGUUUAGCAUUAAUAUCCAUCAUGCAAAACAAAACUCCUUGUGUAUCUUUUUGUACAUCCACCCCUAAUCAGUCAGUUUAAGUGAAUUACAUUUUAAUAUCUUCUAAGAAAAAAAUAAUCACGUUUUCUUUAGACAUUCAUGAAGAAAUUAUAACCUGGAAAAGUUAAUGCAUAGAAAGAAAAGGUAGGUGAUUUAACAACAUUACUGUGUGUGGAAUAUAAGCUAUUAAUAUUAAUUAUAACGCGCUGGUAAAUUAUUAGAUUUUAGGCUAUUUUGUUUAACAUGUCUUCUAAAUUAUGCGUUUAAACAUCAAAACACCUUAGAAAUAUCUAGCCAGGAAUGUCCACAUAAGUAGCACUAGAACCAGUGUAUUUUAUUUAUUUUAUUUUCAAUUUAUGGAGUAAUAAAAAGAUCCAAAAUCCCUUUAUGUAACAGCCUUUAAUAUGUCAGCAAGACGAAACAAGAAUGUUAAACCUUGCUUUAUCCAAUGUUCAGAUGUCUGUACCGCAAAUGUAUGCAAAUUAGUGCGUAUUUCAAUAGAUAAUCGUUUGCAUAUUUAAGUAUACGGUUUCAGAAAACUUGUAAACUAAAACAGCUGUUUUACCUUACAGUGGUAAAUCAACUAGGUAAGUAUGGUGAUGUGUUACUUCGUUUCUGUAAUGUCUUUAAAUAUUUAUUAUUUAUGUC